UGCCAGGAUAGUGAAAAGUGUUUGUUCGGAAACCAAAAGACAUUCAUUAUCUACGGAAGAUCGAAUUAUUUGGGACUAUGGUCAUCCGCAACAACAAAGUAACUAUCACGAACCAAGUGAAGUAACAAUAAAAGUUAAACUGAAUUCCUUUGUACGUUACCGUGAAAGAAAAUUUAGCUUCAGUAGCCAAGACUCGUCUUCGUCUGAAAAUUAUAAAUCAGCGCAAUAAUGUCUAAGGCAAACGAAUCUCAAACUUCAACCUCAACUGACCCAAUGUUGCGAGCAAUAUGGGACAGUAUUCAAAAACAGAACGAGAACAUUGCCCUUUUACGAGAGGAAAUGUUACGUUUGUCUAUGCAAAAUGACGAAGAGAACAGACACAGGGCAGCAGAAAUCGAGAAUCUCGGGAAAACCGUUGCAGCGCUACGGACUGGGUUCGGAUCCCCUGCGACCGAUGAAUUUGCUUCCAUUCUCACCGAAGACAAUGAAAGUGCGUCGACAGCAAUCAAUCGUACCGUGAAUAUGGGAAAAGCACGCAAACUGUCAGGGUUAGCAGCUUCAGACACCCCACCUGUCCACCUCGACAUCGAACAACCCGAGGUGGAAGAAAGAGGCUAUUUUCCGCCCGCUCCUCCCACUCUACGAGCUAAGGAUGCAAUACGCUACAUCCCAACGCUCAACGGAGAUGAUGAUGUAGGAGUUGAAGACUUCAUCAAAGAAGUGAGAAGUAUGAAGGAUCGCUGUAUGGAGCAAGAUCUAUUGCUAAAAGCAAUAAAAGUGGAAAAAAUCGUGGGGAAAGCAGCCCAAAGUAUUCGCAACAUUCCUAUUGAGUGUUACAGUGAUCUGUACGACGCACUGAGAAAUAACUUAGCAGCACAAGUGACUUCGGAUGAGUACCAAGAACAAUUACGAGAGUUGAGACAGGGACGCGAGGAAUCAGUGCAAAGUUUUAAUAUUCGGUUUAGAAGAAUACUCAACCGUUUGCUGUACGCAGUAACCAAUGAGUACCCACAACCACUAACACGUAAAAUUAUGACUGAAGAAAUCACGAAGAAGACUGUUCGUGUGUACCUAAAGGGACUCAGACGCGACAUAGGGCGAAUACUAUUAAGCAGUGAACCCUUGAAUCUUCCGGAAGCUGAAAAAAAGGCAGCCGAUGUAGAACGCUACUUGCGAGAAGAACGACAACCUAAUUGGUCAUGUAAUCGCUUACCUUCGGUUAGUAAUCGCCCCGACAACCAGCAUAUGCAGAUGAAGUGCUUCAAGUGCGGAAAGCUGGGACACAUUGCUAACAAGUGUCAAAAUUUUCUACCACCGAGCCAGCGCGAUCGACCACCCGCAAGGAUUCAGGCAGUCCAGGAAUGGGACGAAAUACAAGAAACAACAUCGAACCAGGAGAUGGACGAACCGUACGAGACAUACGAGUCAACAUCGCCACGGGAAGAUUACUCGCAAUACCUUUGUCAACCCGAACCGAAGAGCGAGUAUUUCUGGUCGACACAGGAGCAGGGAUAAACCUGAGGACCAAGAUCAAUCUAACCAGGGGGGUAUGUCACGACCGGCAUACUUCAAAUCCGACGGACUGACGAUAGAGAUAAAGAUGUGGCGGCACUCAGCGACAAUGUAUAUCGCUGAAGUGCCUAAUGAACCAUCAACAUCCCAACGGUCCUUCCACCGAAGGUUCUAGAAGAAAGAGCACGUGGCAACGAUCGCGGACGCCUAGCAAAUGCAUGGACGGUGGGGAUGUUGAG